CCCCUGCUUACCAGCCGCCAGAGCCAUCCAUACCUCCUCGUCGCCACCGGCUCUCCCUUCCUCCUCCUCCUCUCUCCUUCCCUCCACCGGCGGCGGCUCUCCCCUCCUCCUCGCCACCCCACCCCGCAGAGGCGUCGUCGUCGGCGGCAAGAUGCCGAAGAAGAGCAAGAAGAGCAAGAGCAAGCGGGUCACGCUCAAGGCGAAGCACAAGGUGCUGCGCAAGGUCAAGGAGCACCACCGCAAGAAGCGCAAGGAGGCGAGGAAGGAGGGCAAGACCGGCCGGAGCAAGGUCGAGAAGGACCCCGGGAUCCCCAACGAGUGGCCCUUCAAGGAGCAGGAGCUCAAGAACCUGGAGGUGCGCCGCGCCAUGGCCAUCAAGGAGCAGGAGGACAAGAAGGAGGCCCGCAGGGAGAGGGCUAGGAAGAGAAAGCUCGGAAUACCCGACGAUGAAGACAUGGCUAAUGACAAUGACGCAGCAGAGGUGACUGCUGCUUUAGCGGUGCCUAAGACCAAUGACCAUUCAGAGAGAGCCUUCUACAAGGAGCUGGUUAAAGUCAUCGAAGCUUCCGAUGUGAUUCUCGAGGUUCUUGAUGCAAGGGACCCACUGGGCACUCGCUGCGUUGACAUGGAGAAGAUGGUCAGGAAGGCUGAUCCAACUAAACGGAUUGUGCUGCUUCUCAACAAGAUAGAUCUUGUCCCCAAGGAGUCGGUAGAGAAGUGGCUUUCAUAUCUAAGGGAGGAAUUGCCAACUGUUGCAUUCAAGUGCAACACUCAAGAGCAGAGGACCAAGCUGGGAUGGAAAUCGUCAAAGCUUGAUAAAACAAGCAAUAUCCCACAAAGCAGUGAUUGUCUUGGUGCUGAGAACCUGAUUAAACUGCUAAAAAAUUAUUCCAGGAGUCAUGAGCUCAAGUUGGCAAUUACUGUGGGUAUUGUUGGCCUUCCUAAUGUUGGCAAGAGCAGUCUAAUCAACAGUUUGAAGAGGUCCCGUGUGGUUAAUGUCGGUUCUACUCCAGGGGUUACUAGAUCAAUGCAGGAGGUUCAGUUAGACAAGAAGGUGAAGUUGUUGGAUUGUCCUGGUGUUGUGAUGCUCAGAUCUACCAGCAGUGGUGUGUCUGUAGCUCUUCGUAAUUGCAAAAGAGUUGAGAAGAUGGACGAUGUAAUCACUCCUGUUAAAGAAAUCAUCAGUCUUUGCCCACACGAGAAAUUGCUGUCUCUGUACAAGGUGCCAAGCUUUACUUCAGUUGAUGAUUUCCUUCAAGAACUUGCUACACUCAGGGGGAAAUUGAAAAAAGGUGGUAUAGUGGAUGUGGAAGCUGCUGCAAAAAUAGUGAUUCAUGACUGGAAUGAAGGCAAGGUACCCUACUUUACACUGCCACCUAAAAGGGAUGUUGUGGAGGACGCCAAUGCGGUAAUUAUCACAGAAGAUGGAAGUGAAUUCAAUGUUGAUGAAAUUUACAAAGCUGAGUCUUCAUAUAUUAGUGGUCUAAAAUCUAUGGAGGAGUUCAGUCAUAUUGAAAUUCCAUCUAAUGCCCCACCAGAGAUUGAUGAAGCGAUGCUCGAGGAUCCCCUGACGCAGAGUGCGCCUGUGAAGGACGAAUCGAUGUCCGACGCGAACGACCGUGAAGGAAGCAAGGCGGCGGCGAGUGGUGGCACGCAGCACGACAAGCUGUACACCGCCGAGGGCAUCCUCGACCCCCGCAAGAAGAAAGCGGAGAAGAAGCGGCGCAAGGGGAACAAGUUCAGCGUGCUGAACGACAUGGACGCGGACUACGACUUCAAGGUGGAUUACCAGAUGAAGGAUGCCUCCCCCGCGGACGACGAAGAUGGCGAUGGCAGCAAAGCCGAGGGCGAAGAACCCAAGGGUGAAGACGACAAGAAAGACGCCCCUGCUGCGGAGUGCGAGCCUAUGACGAGUUGAUGAUGCGUCGUGAGAUAAGAACCGCAGGUUUUGGGGGUGCGAAUUAGUAGGUUGUAUUACAACUGUAUGAUGUGGGCUGCCAACAGUUGGCAGGAGUUUUUGUACGCCGUUAGGUUUAAUGAUGAAGACAGAUGCAACAAAUGGGAUGAUGCUUGUUUUUA